AUGUUUUCCGAUGUAAAUGUAGACGUUUUUAUUAGCAAUUACACGAUAAUCGAUCCGGAAAUAUACCAGCUAUGGGUAGAAGGGUACACAUUCGUGGAAGCGGUCGCAUUACUGAAGCAGAAAGGUGGCAUUUUUGCCGACGUUCCAGCGGAGUUGAUCGCAUCGGAUGUGCAAGACCACUACCGGACGUACGCAAUGCUGGAAAAAUUUCUACACGCCCCUCCCAAGCUGGCCGAGCAGCCGACGUUCCAGAUUUGCCCACAAGACAGAUCGCUGCUGAUCGAGCGAUAUUACUCGCUGGACGAUACGGUAGCGAGGGAGCUGUUCGGCAAGAAGUUGAACUCGCGCAAUCGCAAAGAUCUAGACGAGGUGGCAGAAAAAACGGGCGUGCGUUUGAAAUCGUGCCGGCGCCAGUUCGACAACGUGAAGCGAAUAUUCAAAGCCGUGGAAGAAACACAGGGCAACCUGGCCCACAACAUUCGCCAGCAGUUCAUACUGCCGGAGGAACUCGCGCAAAAGUACGCCGCCGUGGUGUUUAUCGCUUGUCUUCGCUUCGAAACGACCAAGAGGAAGCUGCAGUAUCUGAACUUUAAGGAUUUUUACGAUUGUGCACAGGCACUGAUGACCUUCUGGACAUAUACGUACCAACAUUCCGGAGCGGACUACCUGGACACUGAGAUGGAUAAGGAGUUCUUGUUGGACUUGCGCGAGAUACGCUACCUGUUGGAUAAGGAAAAGGAAAUCAAGCACCUCGUGUCGUUGCGGUUGAAGCCUACCUUGCUCGAGCGAGCGUACCAGGAGGUGGAAAACAAUUUCCGCUCCUACUAUCGGUCCAUCAUCAUGCUUGCCUGCAAUCUGCAUCGUACGCGCGAGUUGCGACUUUUAUUCGUCGAAAUGACGGAACGGUUGAUCGAACCGUGGAAGCAGAAUGGCUGGACGCGGGAUCAAGUGCAGCUGUUCAUACAGUGCAUGACGCAGUGCGUGCUGGACUUGGAGGUUCCUAGAGAUAAUCAAGACAUCCGGUGUUUGUGGGAUCGCUACAUGCAGGUGAUUAAUGUGUGCUUGUACCGAAUGUAUCACCCCUAA